AUGUACUCAGUAUGCCUUCUUAGCAGGUAUAUGGAGCAUCCAACAAGACAACAUGUGUUAGCUGCAAAGAGAGUGCUGAGGUAUCUCAAAGGAACUAUCCGCUUUGGUAUCUGGUAUAAACGAAGGUGUGAAGGGGAGGAGGAGCUGCUGGGGUACACUGAUAGUGACUAUGCUGGAGAUACAGAUGACAGGAAGAGCACUAGUGGAUAUGUAUUUCUUCUAUCAGGUGGAGUCAUCUCUUGGGCCUCCAAGAAGCAACCUGUUGUUACUCUGUCAACUACAGAAGCAUAA